AUGGCGACUCUUCGAACUACCAGUCUCCUGUGCUCUUCCUCCUCGUCAUCAUCUUCACGACGAAGAAGAGUAUCGGCUACUCUUAAUACCCCAAAACUCCAACCGAGUUCUCUUUCUUUUCCAAAGAUCCGGACCACGGACUUGGUUGAGGAAUUGAAGUUGAGAAGUGGAUACACAACAGCCACAACCAUUACCCAGACAGAAAUGAAGCCUUUUGAUACUAAAGUUGCUACCAAAACCACGAGAGAUGAUGUUGAUGUUAACUCCAAGUCUACGGUCAUUGUGGAGCUUUAUGCAAUCAUUGAAGCUGCUACAGACAGGGCGGAGAUGCAUGCCAACAUCCAAGAGCAGCGGAAUAACUGGAACCACCUCCUUCUGACCUCCAUUAAUACAAUCACCAUCACCGCUGCAACGAUGGUCGGGCUGGCAGAAACAGCUGGAACGAGAGCGCCACUUGCCGCACUAAAGCUCUCAUCUACUCUAUUAUAUAGGGCAGCUACUGGGAUGUUGCUGGUGAUGAACAAGAUUCAGCCAUCGCAACUCGUAGAAGAACAACGCAAUGCGGCAAGGCUAUUCAAGCAACUUCACGGGCAAAUCCGAACAACUCUUACACUUGGUAGUCCUAGUCCCAUGRAUGUUAAGGACGCCAUGGACAAGGUGUUUGCUCUUGACAGGGCUUACCCAUUGCCCUUGCUUGGAGUGAUGCUUGACAAGUUCCCUAAAGCCGUGGAGCCUAUCAUGUGGUGGCUACAACAAAGUAAAUUACGAGAACUAGACUUGGGUGGAAGAAGAGAAGGAAAUGGAUGGAACAGAGAGCUGGAAGAGGAAAUGAAGCAGAUAGUUGCGGUUUUGAAGAGGAAGGACACUGAAGAGUACCUGAGACUGGGCAAGAUAGCUUUGAAAGUUAACAGAGUUUUAGCCAUUUCUGGUCCUUUACUCACAGGUCUCGCAGGUGUUGGGUCAGCUUUCGUGGGAUGCUCUUCUCAUGAAACAUGGGCUGUGCUGUUGGGUGUCACUGCUAGAGCUUUGGCAAGUGUUAUCAACACCUUGGAGCAUGGUGGCAAGUUGGAAUGGUGUUUGAGAUGUACCGGAGCACUGCUGGCUUCUUUAGAUGUAUGGAGGAGUCCAUAG